AUGGCUGGUGCUAUCGUGGAUGCUUCGACUGCAAACGGUGGAUCAGCCAGAACGGAAGCGAGGUCUGGUGCAGCCAAUGUGCUUCAGUUAACAAGAAGAGGAAGAGGCCGGUACAAGCUGGAUGCGGUGGUGGAAGAUGCCACCGGCACAAUGAACCUGAUGAUCUUUGACGAGGAUGUGGAGGGACUGAUCAGGGUCGCGGCAGAGGACCUCGUCGAUGAGAUCACCGAUGAGAACAGGCGUAUCCUUCCAGAUGCGAUCUCGGAUCUUAUCAGCUCGACCCACGCCUUUGAAGUUGCCAUCAACCACCGGAGCUUGGGCUGCGUCGUGAAGUGGGUCCUGAAUGAUGAUCAGUUGAUGCUGCUGCAGCACAUUGGCUCAAGUCAGAUGACAGUAGGAGAUGACAGUCCUUCGCUGGUGGAAGAGGGCUCUUCUUCUGACUCUGGGUGCAGCUCACAGCUUACGGAGGAGAAGAUGGUGACUGUGAAGCGAGAAACCGAGCUGAAGGCAGAAGAUGGGGCUCUGGAAAAAGAUGCUGAGUGAUGCCUUUCUCUGACUUUGAUUACCAACUGUGAAUGUAGCAAGAACAAGAUGCGCUAUAUGUGCGGUUUUCAGAUCAAGUGCCUGCUCUUUUUUUUUUGCGGGUACAAGUGCCUGCUCUUUUGCUCAGCCUUGUUUCCAAACCUAUGUAA